AUGGAUACCGCCGAAUACGAUACCAAUACUCUACUUAUCAACAACAUCGCUUCUAUCGCCUUUCGUAUUUAUGAGCCGCCCUCCGAUCCCUUCCCCAGCCUCGCUUCGGCUGCUCUCGACAUAGAGGAUGAGCUAAGGCAGGGUGGCCAUGUUGUCUUGUUCGACAGUGACCGACGCGGCCUUUGGCACUUCCAGCUGCUGGGAAAGGAGGGCCACGACGAGGUCAACAGCAACACCCUCGAAACGACGCUCAAUAUCCGCGGGAUUGAGCUUGCCGUUGUAGAGGAGGGCAUUCUGGAGCCCGCAAGCUUCCAAAAGCCCCCAUCUCAGCAACAGCAAGCGAUCCAGACGCCAACCAGCUCCAUCUCCAGCGCAUCGGCUCUCGACCAAUCUCUGCGCAAUACGUUUACCUCGGCCACGCAAACCACCGGCUCGAGUUCGCAAGCCCAGGAAACCAAAACCGUGUACGAGAAUUUCAUCACUGCCCUCCUCUUGUCCAUAUCAUCCGCCUUUUGCAGUCGCACUGGCGCGAUUCCCCUCAACUAUCGAACGAUUCUGCUUCCAUCUGAUCCGCUGGCAAUCAACAGCCUGCACGAUUCUCAAGCCUCGCAGUGUCCGGUUUUGGCUACCCUCAAGGCUUACUUGACAACAACCGGUGCUUUGGUGAUCAACUUCGCCGUCUCUCGCUGCAGGGGACUCUCAUCACUCGCCAACCUUGUUGCCACCAACUUUGCGCAAUCUAGCGCUCCCAUUCUCGCGGCUCCAUUCGGAGUUGUGGCGAACAAUCAGGUAUCCACCAGCGGCGAGGCCGGCACGGCAAGUUUGGCACAGACUCCCAACACCCAAGCGUUCAGUGUUCGCGUCGGAUCUGAUGCUCGUGACUCGUCAUGGAAGCAGGCUUGCCUCAACAUUCUAAAGCUGCGGGGCGUUGCGUCGUCGAGUUUGGCCGACUGCAUUUGGGUGAACCUUUGCGUCCCCAACCCUAGGCUUCAAGAUGCCAAAAGCGAGACUAAGCGGGCGCAAGCCCCAGGUUCUACCAUCACGAUACCCUGGCCGGGGCAACUCUGUUUUCGCAAGAAGACGGUCGAAGUGUCAUCGACGAGCCGGGUGGGUGACACGCUCUUCAGCGGCAACGAGGAAAGCCACGAUCCCUUGGGCAACGCUAAAGUGUGGUUCACUUCAGCCUCCGAUAGGGAUGAGAAGAUGUCGAAGAGAAAGGCCGAGCGGGCCCUCGCAUCGAAAGAGGCCCUUGCCGCGGAGUCACGCGCGGCGAAGCCAAGUGCGCCGUCGCCCGUGGCCGUCCGGCGACCGAGCACAGCGGCCGCCUGCACCAUCUAUCCGACUCCGCCUGACGGCAACCCGCUCUCCGCGGUGCCUCCUGCCGACACAGACCCUGCUCCCUUCAAUGCGAACCACGUAGGCGAUGCGUUCGACGUUGGGCCAGACACGAACGAGCCAAAGCGCCAGCGCAGCGAGAGUAAUCUGCUCGGUGAAGCUGACCAUAUGUUCAGCGACAUGGGAGGGGACAUGUUUGGUGAUCACGACAUAACCGAGGCCGACUUCAACUUUUUCGAUGAGCAACCAGGCGACCUGGACCUGGAUGUCCCAAUGGCUGAUGUGAUUGCGGCGAACCGGAGCAGUGACGCAGCCGUCAAGACUGAGCAAGACGCCGCCGAUGCCGCGAACCGGACCAAGGUUGCAGCUCUCCCGGAGCGAAAUAUGGUGGUCUUUGCCAAGCCGGAACUGAAGCAUGCUAGAAGCUCUAGGAACGAGGCCUCUGGCUCGCGAGGCCGAGACACGCCUUCCGGUUCCGUGAAGCGCGAGCCCAGCCCUUUCGAUCCGCACACUGUAUUCAAGCGAGUGCGAGCGUCCCUGGCAAUCACUGGGCAUGGGCCUGGUGUGAAACCAUGCGAUUCUACCCGAGCGACGAGGAUAUUUGACACUAUGAAUUUCGACCCGUCACUCCCCAUGAUUAACAAAAAAUACGAGCAGGGUGGACAAUUCGAUUACAGGAAGAUAUCGAGCUUGGAGAAACCUAGGCUCGAGCAGGGAAUCCUGCCGGAAACUGACUAUCUGAAGCGGCAUGGAAAGCAGGGCAAGAGAUCGAGAGAUCGCCACUUCAACGCCGAGUCUUUGAUGAGAGGUCUGACCGGGUUGGAGCCGCCCGCGUCGCAUCCAAGCCCGACAAGAAACGAGGGGUCCUUGUCAGACGACUAUGACAGCAGCGUUGGAUCUGACCAGGACGAUUCAAGCUACACUACCGAGGAGCCCGCCUCGCCUCUGAAAUCGAGUGUCAAGCUGCUGACCUUGGACGACGACGCUGCGUCUCCGGUGCCAUCUCUCAGAGACUCUGAGCCGACGGAAGAGCCCGACCAGCAGCUUGCUAUGGAGUUGCCACGACUCGCCAAACCAGAGUCUCCGGAACUGCCGCUAUCCCUGCUCUUCCUAGAUCCUGAGCCGCUAUCUCUUGAACUGUCUCUCGGCGACGAAGACCUGAUUCAAGUUGCACAGAUACUGACUGACCAGGCUGCUACAGGCUCACUGGAUAUCCUCAACGGACAAGAGGGGACAAAGGUGCUACCAUCCACAAAUCUCUGGCAGCCAACUCGACUACCUCCUCGCCCGAUUCCUGUCCGCCGAUCGGAAACGAAGCUGUCUGUUCUUCCGUCGGCUGUGCUGUUCUGGGAAAGUCUUGGCCUUGCACCUUCGUCUGGUGGUAAGAACGUGAAUGCCGUCUGCGUGUUCCCCGGCUGGAACGGCAUGGCGGACAACGCCAAGACUUUUAUGGGUUGCCUGAAAAGUGUGUACGAGACGCUCAAGCUUGGCUCGUUUGAGAGCAUCACCCUACCAGGCGAACUGGAAGACGGCCUCCUACGCAUGGGAACUGUGCUGGGAGCAAUCUCAAAAUUGCAGGCCACGGCCGCAAAUAUCGUUAUUUAUUUUGUUUACCCUCCGCAUAACCCGGGAAUCAUUGUCGAGGCUUGCGUCGCCUUUCAGGGCGUCUUCGACUCGUAUCGAAAAAGCCCGGCAGCCUGGCGAGAGGCUGUACCGAACGAGUUGGUUUUGCAGCUGAUCUCGACCAGCUUGCUCUCGUCACCAACGGCUGUGGUGGUGACGCCUGCACCGGAGCUCAUCAAGAUCUGCAUGGAGACGUACGACCGAUGCACCUUGUUUGGCGGCCCAAUGCCCGCGCCGGCCAUUAAACUGGAACAGCCGCUGCCGCGCAUCAUUGAUUUCAAGCUCACAAUGUCACCGUCGGCGUCACUCAUCCGAGAGAACUCGUGUAUCCACGUUGCUUAUGCGCAAAGUGUUGACGAGCGGUGGAUCACAGCAGCCUGGACAGACGAUCGGGGCAAUCAACAGGAAACUGCAUCUUACUGCCUGAGUCGAAAGGGUCGGCCCCAAUCGCGGUCUACUAGCGAAGUGGCCCAUGAGAUAUGGGAGUCGACGCUGGAUCUGAUAUCCGUGUGGAAAGUCCAUUGGCGCGUUGUUAUCACGAAAUGCGGACCCAUGAAUCAACAGGAAAUUGACUUUUGGGCAGACCUGGCCCGGACAGAGAUCAAGGCUUCGGUGACGAUGAUACUGAUGACGGUUGACACGAACCCGUCGCUGCAACUGAUACCGCCGCUGGUCAAGCUGCCGCAGCCGCCGGCUCUCUUCUACACGACACCCGUGUCGACGCCGCAAGCAAACAUUGUAUCGCCUGAACAGAGCGGAACGCCGGCAACACCGGCCCGCGAUGCGAACGCUGCGGCUGCGACCCCCGGUGCAGACGGUGGGGGCGAGUCGGAAUACGAAGCUGUCCUAUCAGAUGUGACUGACCAGACGUGGGGGGCCGUGGUAGGCCAUCGGCUCAACAACUCGUCGAGCGUUGUCGAUGUUCAUCCUGCCCUGGCCAGCGGCUACCUGAUCAAGCGCACGGGCAUCCGGGUCGAAGACGCACCGGCUUUGAUGGAAGUUAAUCUCGCACACACAGACGCCACCCCCCGGGCUUAUGAACCACUCCUUAGAGAAAUGUUGAGCUACUUCCGGGGAUUGGGGACUCUGGCGCGGGCGAGGGGAGUUGUGCAGCGAGAGACAGACGUUCGCCCUUGGCAUAUCGCAGCCGCCGAGAAGGGCGCGAGGGCCUUGUAUCUUCUUAUGUGA